UGACCUUUGUCAGCAGAGGGCAUCGGCGUCUCUUUUUAGACUCCCUCUUCGGUUUGUCUGCAAAGUGCACCCAUUUCACGCGAUGUUUGGUCAGCCACCACCGGACAUCCUGACAACAUUGCGAAAAUAUAACAUCCAAUGACACACCCUAGUCACAUAAUGAGGAUGGGGAGGUAAGAUACUGAGCAUUUUAUUUUAGCCACAUAAUUAAAAACAAACAUAAUUAAGCAGAUAACAGGAUCAAUUUGAUCCUUCAUAUAGGUGAUGCACUGGUCUCUAUACCUGUACAGCAAACCGUAUCCUCUCCCAAUAGAUGUAGCACAGGUAGCACAGGGCGACUACGAAAGAGAUGGUCUCACAAUUCCACCCACUGAAGACGGACUGGGCCUGACGGGAAAGGCUCACCAUCAACUCUUAAGAAUUGGCACCAUGGACGAGUUUCAAUCUGGCGAAGAGAUCGUAUUUGUUGUUGAUGACAUUAACACAAUCGUAAAAGACGCAGUGGAAACAACUAUUGGCAACAAUAAUUACCAACAAAGUCGAAUCCACCAAUGGACAUCCAGUGUUGUGGAGACAAGUCUGAACCAACUAUCCAAACUAGGGAAACCCUUCAAAUACAUUGUGACUUGUAUCAUACUGCAGAAGAAUGGGGCAGGCCUGCACACAGCCAGCUCCUGCUUCUGGGACAGCACUAUGGACGGAAGCUGUAUAGUGAGAUGGGAGAACAAGACCACACUCUGUGUUGUAAAUGUUUUCGGUUUAGCUGUGUGACUUAUCUAGGUGGCAACUUUUGGCACUGUUAGUACUCAGAUGAACUCUCAGUUAGCAGAAGUUCAAACAUAACCAACUAAACCAUAAAUCCAUUUGUGAAAUGUGUGGUCUGGCUUUGUUAUGUUGUCAUUGGUAAAAUGUAAUUCAAGUUAGCAUAAAAUGUAAAUGUUCUCAGGAUAUACCAUAAUAGCUUCUUGCUUCAACUUUUGGACAAAAAUCAGAGACAAUAAAAAUAAAGCAUGCAAAUCAAUAUUUUUGA